UGGGGGCGGAGCCAGGAGGCGGCGUACAUAAGGCCGGGCGCCCGGUUACCCCCCUCACUCGCACGUUAGGAGGCUCUGGUCGUUUCGCACCGUCGUCUUCCUGCCUGCGUCAGGGACCUGCCCUACUCAGUGUAAAAUAGGAGGGAGGGGUGAGCGAUGAAGCCCUGGAGGAUCUCAGUGAGGAUUUCAACGAUUUGCCACAGGCCACCAUGGCAUCAGAUGAAGGCAAGCUCUUCGUUGGAGGGUUGAGUUUUGACACCAAUGAGCAGUCGCUGGAGCAGGUCUUCUCAAAAUAUGGACAGAUUUCUGAAGUGGUGGUCGUGAAAGACAGGGAGACCCAGCGGUCACGGGGCUUUGGGUUUGUCACCUUUGAGAACAUCGACGAUGCCAAAGAUGCAAUGAUGGCCAUGAAUGGGAAGUCUGUGGACGGGCGACAGAUUCGAGUUGACCAGGCUGGCAAGUCAUCUGAUAACCGAUCCCGUGGGUACCGAGGUGGCUCUGCUGGGGGCCGGGGCUUCUUCCGUGGGGGCCGAGGCCGGGGCCGUGGUUUCUCCAGAGGAGGAGGGGACCGAGGCUAUGGGGGGAGCCGGUUCGAGUCCAGAAGUGGAGGCUAUGGGGGCUCCAGAGACUACUACAGCAGCCGGAGUCAGGGUGGUGGCUAUGGUGACCGGAGCUCUGGAGGGUCCUAUAGAGACAGCUACGACAGUUAUGCUACACACAACGAGUAAAAAUCCUUCCUGCUCAAGAUCGUCCUUCCAAUGGCUGUAUAUUUAAAGAUUUUGGGAGCUUCGCUGAAUCGUUAAUGUGUAGUGAACACACCUCCUUGUACCCACUUUUGUAGUCUAAUCAGUUCUGAUCUUGUCAAACACAGCCUGACUGCUUCUGACCCCCGAGAUGGCUUCAAUACUAGACUUUACUUUUUAAGGAAACACUGUCCGUUUUUAAGGGUUUUAAAAACGUUUUUGAAAAGCACUUCAGAUUUUACUUUUUUCUUUUUACCAUGAGCCAUGAGUUUUUUAGAAAAUCAUCGGGGGUUGUGUGGGUUUUUUUGUUUUUGGUUGUGUUGUCUUUUUUACUUCUCUUUUUAGUGGGGUUGGCCUGUUGAAGUUGGGUCCUCCGAUUCAAACCUCUUUGAGAUUGGACGGACUCUGAGUCUGCUCUCUGUUGGAAGCUGAGGGAGCUGUGGCUUUUUUCCACCUUAAUGUACCGUUUCUGAGUGUAGCAUGGUAGGACCUGUCCCAGGUCCCAGGUGGCAGCAGAGGUGCCUUGCCACUUGGGCCCGGCCUGUACGGCCCAUCUGCUGUGUAUGACUUACAGUAGACUUGGAGAUGUCCCCAAGAGGUUCUUGAAAAUGUUUAUUUAUAUUGUCCUUUUUUACUGGAAGACGUAUGCAUAUCCCAUUGAUGUUGUAUUUGAAGUGGUUAAGGAAUUCUUGUACACAGUUUUUUUUUUUGGCUUUACGAAGCAGAUUAAAAAACCAUCUGAAAUGAA